UGUGUCCCUCGGACACAGUGGAUCAUCGAUCACGGAAAGAGCCGAAGAUAUCAGCUCGGUCAUGUGAUCAGCUGUGUCCAAUCACAGCUGAUCACAUGGGACAUGUACACUGAUCAUCAGGGCACUGAUGAUCAGUGUGCCCUGAUGAUCAGUGUAGCCCCAGCAGUGCCAGCUGUCAGUGUCCAUCAGUGCCAGCUGUCAGUGUCCAUCAGUGCCAGCUGUCAGUGUCCAUCAGUGCCACAUAUCAGUGCCUACCAGUGCACAUCAAUGCAACAUAUCAGUGCCCAUCUGAGCUGACUUUCAGUGCCACCUAUCAAUG